AUGCGAUAUAUCGCAACGAAUCGUAUGGCUAAAAUAUCGUAUCAUAUAUCGAUAUAUCGUAUGGUCCUGUAUCGAUAUUUCGAUAUAUCGUAUCGUAUCGGGCAUCCCUAAUGUUGUGAAAGUGAUCACUUGGGCGGAGGUUUUUAUAAUAUUAAAGUUAUUUGAAUCCAAAUAUAUUAUUUUUACUGGCAUAAAAUGUCUACGCCACCUCGAGAAACUAUUCAAAAACAAAUACAGCAAGAUUGGGCUAAUCGAGAAUAUAUAGAAGUCAUCACUGGAAGUAUCAAAAAGAUCACAGAUUUCCUCAACUCUUUUGAUAUGUCCUGUAGAUCACGUCUUGCCACAUUAAAUGAGAAGUUAACAUCCCUCGAGAGGAAAAUUGAUUAUUUGGAAGCUUGUGUAACAAAGGGGGAAACAUUAACAUAAAUAGUUUUAUUAUUAAAUUAUCAUUACAUAGUUGUAAGUCUUUCAGUGAAUUGCACAAAUGUCCAUUAAGGUUCAAUGAUGACUUUAAACACUAAUUAAUUUUCUAUAUUUGAAAAUUUGUAUGGGUAAUGUAGAAUUAAACUAAUAAAAAUUUAAUGUACAUUUGUGCAAUGUCUUUAUCAAGUAUUGUAAAAGAUUGAUACUAUAAUAAUGAAAUACAAUGUUUUUCUAUGCACAAAAGCUGAAAUGAUUUCAGGCCUUUAUUUUUUAAGGCCAGUAUAUGAAUAUUUUAAUGAAAUAUGUUUGUGGUAUGCAAAGUGAUAAAUACUGUAAGCAUUAUUCAACAUCAGUA